AACUGCAGGCAAUCAAAGCAUUGGCAAUAUGUCGGUCAGACUGAACGAGACACAAACCAUUGUUGACAAGAUGGUCAACUUCUUCGUGGAGCACGAGGAUCUGCGCACAAAGAGCUGGUUCCUCUCGAAUGCACCUGGACCGCUGUUCAUGAUUCUCGGCGCUUACCUGUACUUCUGCCUGUAUGCGGGACCGCGCUAUAUGCGCGAUCGCAAGCCGUUCGAGCUGAAGAACACGCUGCUCAUCUACAAUGCGGUCCAGGUGCUGCUCAGCUGGGUGCUCUUCUACGAGGGCUACAAGGGCGGCUGGGGCGGUCACUACAACUUCAAGUGCCAGCCCGUCACCUAUGCCACGGAUCCCAUCUCCAUGAGAAUGGCGCGCGCUGUCUGGCUGUACUACAUUGCCAAGAUCACGGAGCUGCUGGACACGGUGUUCUUUGUGCUGCGCAAGAAGGAUCGUCAGAUCUCGUUCCUCCAUCUGUACCAUCACACGCUGAUGCCUGUGUGCGCUUUCAUCGGCGUCAAGUACUUUGCCGGGGGCCACGGCACCUUGCUGGGCUUCAUCAACUCCUUCAUCCACAUCAUCAUGUACGCCUAUUAUCUGCUCUCGGCCAUGGGACCCAAAGUGCAGAAGUAUCUGUGGUGGAAGAAGUACAUCACCAUUCUCCAGAUUGUGCAAUUCCUCAUCAUCUUUGUGCACACGCUGCAGAUCCAGUUCCAGCCAAACUGCAACUUCCCCAAAUCGAUUGCGGCCCUACUGACCUUCAAUGCCGGCCUCUUCACCUACAUGUUCAGCUCCUUCUAUGUGCACAACUACAAGAAGGAGGCCAAGCAGGCGGCACAGGCCAAGCUGGCGGCACAGGCCAAGUUGGCGGCCAAGCAGGAGUAGAGAAAGGAUUACAGUUGAUGCUUUUAUUUUUUUGCCUUAAUAUCACGAUCACCAAAUGCGAAUGCGGCAAUCGUUAGUUAGGUUAUAGCCUGUACACGUCUACUGUGAAGAGACCCAUUUCAAGGGGCAUAGCUCACACCCUUUUUAGGUAUAUCGUAGAUCAAGUUGGGUGUCUGUACAUUGGAUAUUACAUUUUCUAGCUCUUAAGGUUCGUUUCGUAGUAGUAUUUAAAGUCAAGUAUGAGAGUGUGAACAGUCUUUGUACAGUCGCCAUUGCGCAGUGCAAGCACAAGGCACGCGACGUAUUGGCCAAGUAUAAUAGAACCAAAUAUUGUAGAUUAGUUCAUCGAAACGUAUGUAGUUUUUAUUUUAUUGAUUGGCGUGCAAUAAAACUCUAAGACAUACAGCGGAUGGCAAAACACCAAAUUGUCCUUAUCAGCAAU